AUGCCUCCUAAGCCGAAGCGAACGUCUCAAACACGCACGCGAAGUUCUGCAAAGAGGGCACGUGUAACAGACCCGAUCGCAUCCCGCCCUGGACCGAGUGAUCAACAAGCUGUAACUUCAACAGAGCAGCCUCUGAUGGCCGUCAAUAUGCAGGCCCUCUCCGCCUCCAUUUCUAGCGCAGUACAGCUAGCUGUCGCGGAGGCAAUGAAAACGCAAUGGCCAGCCGCACCCAGCCAGGAGACACAGUCCUCCACGGACCAGUCAGUGGCCAAUAUCGUGAACACAUCCUUGGCCGAGAUCACCCAAGGUACUCCAUCAAGUAGCGAAAACAUUGUCACCAUAGAUGAGCCUGGGUUAGACUCGCCGGCUCCGAAACAAUUUUUUUCUAGCGUGGCUGUUUCUCUUAGCAGUCGGGUGAGUUCCAAAGUCAAGGCCAAAAUCUGGUCCAACGAAUAUCUUGAUUUCGGAACUCUCCUCUCGUUUUCUCCCAAUAAUCAAAAAUAUUCUCUGUCUCUCGCCUCUUCGGAUGGUGAGACCACCCGCCCUCACUUCACUUUAGAACCUAGCCAACCAGUUAAAAAGAUCCAAACUAUCAACCAGUGGCUCUGUGCAUUUAAUAUUUUUGUUGCGAUCUAUUCGGAAAAACUACCCACGGACACACCCAGGCUGAUGAAAUAUUGUGAAAUUGUCCGCGAUAUCGCCGCAAAACCAGGUGACUGGUUGUAUUAUGACGAACAAUUUCGUUUCAUAAGGAAAUCAGCCCCUGCACAAUACCCAUGGGACGCUAUUCACUGGGAACUUUGGCUAAAGGCUGUGACAAAUUUUCGUCCGAAAACCCAAUUUUCCUCGGACAAGGGACCACCACUGGACGAAAAAAUGGAUUUACUAGGGUAGCCAAAUUACAGCAAAUGUGUAGCAAAUACCACAUUUGCACAAUUUUGCGCAAGAGCAAAGACUGAUAUUGCACUAGACUUGCUAUCCGUAGCAAUGACGGUAAAUGCCACAUUUGCACAACAUUUACAUCUUGGUGCAAAGAUAAUGGGCAGCCAUGGAUUUGAGGGUCAUUUGCAGAUGGUUCAAAUGUGUAGGCAAAUAUGUUUCUUUGAACUAUAUUUGCACAUUACGCAAAUGAUUGCGCAAAUCUGCUGUUUUGCACAGCUUUUGCUUUAGAUGUAAAAGCAUGUAAACCUGUUAUUUUCAGAACUUUUACGCAGCUUUGCAAAUGUGAGCGAAGUAUCUAAUUUGAACAAUGUUUGCAUGGGUUAUCAUGGGUGAUCAAAUUUUCAUAAUUGAACCAGAUUGCUUUGCAUAGCAAAUGUAAUCAAACUCUUUGUAUUAAACAUGUUUGCUCACGAAGCAAAUGUUAGCAAACCUAAACUUCGAACAAAUUUUCUAGGGUGUGCAAAUUUGAUCAAACACAAAAUUUUGCUUGUAGCUGCAAAUGUGGUUAAAAGUCAAGCUUUGAACAAAGUUGCUUGGGCAGCAAAUCUGAUCAAACUGUUACUAUUGUACAACUUUUCGCUCAGGUAGCAAAUGUAAUCAAAUUCUGACUUUAAUUUGGUUAGCAAAUGUCAUCAAACCCAUAAAAUUGAGCAUGUUUUCUCCACUAGCAAAUGUAAAUUCCAAGGUUUAAACGAGUUUGCUUGGGUUGUAGCAAAUGCGAUAAAAUUUUAAAAAUAUUUUUAAUUAUAACAUGGUUCACUUCAGGUUCUUAACAAGUGGCCAUAAUUAAUCAAACAUUAAAGUUAGUGAAAGAAAUUCUCGCAGUGACCUCCCAUUAAUGUUCAAAUGAUUUAUUCCAUAAACCAAAGUGGCUUACACAUUAUUACAGACAUUACAAACUACAGUAUAAAGCUGUACAUACAGCUCUUCAUAUUAAUUCCCAAUGUUACAGUUCGUUGAUGUUUACUUGUCUCCACUCUAUGCUCUAUCAGAUCAUUACUAACUAUUAAUAUUAUAAGAAAAGUGUUCUUCAUCCAAAUGUGUAAGAUAUUCUACAUACAGCUGUAGGUGUUUCAGAGUUGCCUCAAACCUAUUUCAGUUGUUUAGGUUUUUGCAACUCAGAAACAGGUUAAAAAUCCUUUUACCCUUGGACCAAUAUUUACUUAUGACAAGACCAUUUGUUACUUAAACUUUUGUAUCUAAGGACAAAAUCCUGUUCCAACUAAAUGGAACCCUCAAGACACCCAUUUUAAUAAAUAAUUUAAAAAAGUAGUAUUUUUGUAUUUAUUGCUAUUUACAGAUUAACAAAAUUUGAUUCUGGUGGCAUUUUUUUCUUUAGGCUCUAUUAGAAUGAAAGGCCUAAUUCUUGCUACCAAUUUACAAUUUUUGCUGGUAUAACAACUGGGUUAUAGCAUUUAGCAAACUAAGAAAUAGUUUAGGUACAUGUAGCUAUUCAAAUUCAGAUCAGACUUCUUUAACUUCAUUUUUGUUGCAAAUGGUUCCUGUAUAGUAUUGGAUAUGCUCUUAGAGGAAGUACCAGCCGGAGCUUCUAGUACUUGCCCCGUUCUAAGAAAAUUGAGGGUCAUUAAAGUAAUGACCAGCUAUAAGUAUUCCACAGCAUGUCAACAUUACCACUGUCACUGUAGUUGGUCCCAAUGAAGGAAGCUAAUAAUUGUUUUAACCCAGUAUACAUGUACAUGUAGUACAAAAGGUUGAUCUGGCUAGCCUGCAAAAUAACUACACUGCUGUCUCUCAUUACUCUUUUUCUUGAGUCAUGUUGCAAUACUUUGCAAAAUUCCGUCAUAAAUCAUGACAAAAAGCAGGGUGUACCUAAAUUUGUUUUGUUUUGCUGUAAUUUGUAAUUGCUGUAAUUGGUACACAUGUACUGUGAAGUGGUGCCAGCAGAACUCAAAUGCCUGCAGUUAAGCAAACAGAUUUAAAAGAAACAUUUGUACAUUAAUUGGCCUUUUUAACCUGCUGACUGGUACAUUACUUGUAAACAAUAGCCAAAGGAUUCUAAUGAAAAAUUUAUCACAUCAACCAAUUUGAUCUACCUGCGAGUGCCACCAGAAUUCUCAGGACAAAUCAACACCAUCAGGAUUUGUACUCUUUACACAGAUUUAUCUUUUUCUAAAAAACAGUGUCAUAAACAGAGAGUGAUUAAAGGAUUACUGCAUUUGCAGAGCUACAUGUACAUGUACCUGUAAGUAUGACCAGUCAUAAAUAAUCUGGAAUUUCUUUAAGAGCCUUGGAUUAACUUAUAUUUCUUUAUCACAAAGCAAAUUCAGGAGCAUUAUCUGGUGCCUCCUGCUCUGAGGAGAAGCCAUUCCUCCUUUCUAUUGUCAUUGAGUAAUAACAAGCUUACAUGUGACUGUUUUAAUUUUGCUUUACUGUUCAGCCUGGCAAAGAGGUUUUUACAGGCUAAGUUGUUGGCUCCUCCAUGCUAGAGGCCUCCUGCAAAGCACUUUUCUCGGAUUUGUCAUCUCCUUGGUCUGAAUUGUCUUGCUCUGAAGACAUGUACUCCACAUUUAUACAAGCUUUGAACUUACAACAAUUCUUCUUCGAAAUAGAGGUUGACUGGAAAAGGGUUGUCUCUUUAGCUUUUCUGCAACAAACAGAAAUUAUACAUAAUUGAGACCAUUAAUAUUGAAACUAAAGCUGUAGACGGUUGUCAUGAAAAAUACUAUUGUCCUUUUCUGUCUAAAUAUUCUAGCCUUUUAUAGCAAAAAAAGUUGCUAUUAGAUAUUACAUGUAUUAUUACUGGCUGCAGUCACACUAGGUGACUAAACUUACUUAUUUCCUGAGUUAACUGAUAUCAAAAUUAACUAGUUUAAACAAAUCGCUGGCUCGUAACUUUCAUGUCUCAAAUCUAACCUCAAGCGGUCAUCAUAAUCCUGAUUACACUGCACCUGUUAAAACUAAGACCUUCUUUGAGUAAAAACAAAAUGAAAAAAUGAAUGCGAGAAACCCUUUUGUAACAAGACAAUUGACUCCAGGUAAAUCAUUGUAUUAAUUUUAUAGUGAGUGUCCCACUACAUCACUACCAUAACAACAUUAUUGCCAUAUUACUUAAAACUUCAUGGACCUGCUUCUUCUGCAAUAUUGCCAUCACUGUCUUACAGUGUAUCUUGGGAACAAAAGUUUAAUUAUACUAUAAUUGCCUCAUAUGAGGGAAUCCAAGACAGUUUUAGAUUCUGGAUUCCACGCUGCGGAUUCCGGAACCUUUUUCGGUGGAUUACUUGGUUUCUGGAUUCCAAUCGUUUGACCUGUAUUUCAGGUUUCAAAGCUCAGAAUUUAGGAUUCCGCAACAAAAAUUGCACGAAUUCUGGAUUCAAUGUCCUGGAUUCCAGAAUCCCUUACAUGGGGUGAUCAUAAAAAACAAUCAGUGAAAGCAGGGUACCAUGAUCUAAAUUCUAGCUACACUAUGUUUUCAGCACCAUGGCAGUCACUGCCUUUACUCCCCUUUUAAAUUUUGGAAAGGCCUUUGGAGAAAGUAGGCACUAGAGGAUAAGGUUAAUUUUGGCCUAAUAGAGGGAAUUAACACUUGCUUCAAUUCUUAUUAAAUUUUCCAAGACCAUUUAUCUGAAGAGAACAACCAAACAAAAAAGAUUACAGUAUUUUUUUACAACAACAGGACAAAUAAAGUUUCAGGAGUAGGGGUGAGUCCUUGUUGAUUACUGAAUAUUGGAAUGCAAAUGUAGGUAUUAUCAAAUAGCAUCAUUAAUGGCUUAACAGUAACAAUGAACUUUCUUAUACUUACUGAGCAUUUCUUUUACUCCCGAUUAGUUGCUCCCUCGGCAUUUGUUUGUCCUUGCACUUCUCCUGCCUCUUCUUAGUUUUACAAUGUCUGCUAAUUAAAACAGCAACGAUUCACCGAAGUGUAUUUACUAAGUACUAACGGCUGCUUUUCUUGGAUCCACUCGUUACUACUUGAUCGUCGCCGAUGGAGCUAUCUUGAUCUUGAUCCUUUCAUGGUGGAUUUUCGUUGAAGGAUCUAUAAGUAUGCAGUUCCCUCGAGUUCGAGCGAUUAUUUUUAUAAGUUCUUCGAGGACACAUUCGUUCGAUAAAUUCGAACAAAUAAGACUGGCCGAUUCCUCCAUACUCGAUAGUCAACCCCACAAAGAAGGAAAAUUCGAAAUCUCUUGAUAAAUAUGGCGUUAAACGUACGAAGUAAAAGCUGAUGGCAAAUCGAUGGCAGGGGAACGUGGUAACGGUCGACGAAUUUCAAUUGUUGUGCCUCGUUCUCGAACGGUUAUGCAGACUGUCGCUGACCAGCACCACUGAGGCGCAGAUGCUUGGGAAAUCGGGCGCGCGGUCUUUUGGCGAUUUGGCGGGAGGAAGAGAUUGCCUAUGUUGCUGGAUUUCUUCUCAAGGAUAUUCGAAAUUUAAAAGGUAAAGUCGAUGUAUUUGUGUAUCGUGCUUCUACUGCCACAUCUAUGUUAUAACCGGGAAUAAACUACAUUUGCAUCCAUAUUUACAUUUGUAGCAUGUAUGUGCACGCGUGUCGCGUGCUUAUGGUAGUGAUCCAGCUGAAAAACGCCUUGUUGAAAAAUUUAAGUCGUGUUAAGUCAGCAAAAUAUGUAGUUAUGCAAUGUUAAAAUGCUAAUUUAUUGGUAUUUGGCAGAAGUAGCUCAAGAUUAAUUGCUUGUACCUCUGGCGCUAUAUUGACAUAUUGAGCGUAAUACAUGUACAUGUACCAUUGAUUUUGACAGGGGUAGGGUGGAGCCUUUAUUUUAUAUGCGUUACUGUCAUUUUUUUCUGUUUUGUUUUGUCAUGUUUUCAUAUACAAGGUUGUUUUGUUUAUAAUAGUUUAUAAUGAUACAGCUGUACAUGUAAGCUGAGUCCAAAGGUCAAAAAUGCUAAAAUGUGCCACAUGUGUAUUUAUAAUGUCAGAAACCCAUGAGGGGUUGUUCAACCCCUUAUGAGUUUCUGAUAAUGUUCACAAAGAUAACGGCAACACAAGUAACACAAUUCAUUUAAUUUCACAAUAUUAUCAAUGAAGGUACAAUUACCACUUAUUUUUAGUGGGCUUAGAGACUUUUUUGUACAUUUGUUUCAGAUUUUUCCUUGAGUGGUACAGGAGUUAUUUCCAAUGUUCUUGAAAUUGAGUUGCAUCACCUGAACUCUCCAAAAGAUAAAGAGGUCAAUGAAAUAUAUACAGGUUCAACAUGGGGAAGCUGUUUGUGGUCUGUGCAUGAAGAAAUGCUACAGUGGUAUUCCAGUGGGUCUCAAUUUAUUUACAGUAAUCAUUUUUUCCUUACCAAGAUAACAGAAGUGAAGCUUAUAUACUGAAUGCUCCCAUCCAUCAAUACCCCAUCUGUUUGGGGUAAGUGUCACAAAAAAGAAACCUCACAUGUACUUCCUUGGGUUAUAUUUUUACCAUCUUUACAAUAUUAUUUUUCUUGUACUUUGUGCCGUGCCCUGCUAAGUAAAUCCUUGUCCCUUUCACAGUGUUCUGCGGGGAACAUAAUGUACUGAAAUUGUGUGAAGCUAUAGAACAUUUGCACUCAUAGAGGUUUCCCCACAGAGAUAUAAAGAGUGACAACAUUAUUCUUACAGAGGUAAACAAUAUGUACCACCCAACGCUCAUUGAUUUUGGAAAGGCUAUCCUUCUAUCGGAUGCCCCUUCAAAACAGCAGUCCAUGACUGCUCACUAGCACUGACAUAUAGCUUCAGAAAUAUGCCUCAGAUAUUAUGUUUUCACUUGGCGUUAAUAAGUCAUUGCAAAAGUUAGUGGCAAAGUGAGAGUAGAAAGUCAUUUUGUGGAAGGGCAAAGAAAAUGCCUUCAGACAGAUCCAAAGUUGAGAUUUACUAUUUCAUGUCUUCUGUCACUGCUCAAAACAAAUUAUUAGCCGGAACCUUUUUUUUGUCCAGCAAUUAUAAAAUAUCAUAUUCCUAUUUAAAAAGGAAAAUCAAAAAGUUAUCUUACUGUGUGAAUUCCUAUUCUAAAUAAAUCUAUUAAAAUUCGACUCAUUUAGUGAAAGGGUAUAAUAAUAUUGAAGGUGUAAACCCCGUUGGUCUAAGAAGUUUAGGUUUAAGUGAAGAAAUGCACCAUGUUAUUGUUGUUGAGUGAAGGCUGAUAUAAAUCUCACCAGUCUGUUUGAGCAGUUUAAAAAGACAAAUCAUACUGAACUCAAAAUCAGGGUUGUAAAGAGCAGCAAAGAAAUUAUUCAUUCAUGUCUGUGCUGAGUUUCUAUUCACAAAUUAUAUGAAAUACAAAGCAAUUUCACCAUUUGUUGUAGUAUUGGCUGUUGGGCUUUCAAAAUGUGGUCAUUUUUAGGAGGCUUACCAUCAAGAUGUGGUCAUCUCUAGGUAUAGUCAGUGAAAACUAGAACAAAUAGUGGUAAGGACAAAAUUGUCAGUUUUGAUGUGAAGUUUCUUGAAUAAAUGGUCAUGAGGAAAUUGUGUACAAGUGAAUAAUCUCAACCCUGACUUUGAAAUGCACAGAACUUUUUUUUUUGGACCAAACUUAAGGUACUGUGGGUGGCCUUGUUAUUGUUAGCUUUUUAAUAAUAAUAUUAUGAUGUAGAAAAAAUACAGUAAAUGAUCUGACUACUGGACCUUUGUCCAGUAGGUUUGUUCUAGUGUAUUUACUUUAUGUAAAGGGAAGGUAGUGUGGGCCCUCUGUAACUGUAUACAACAGUUACUGUGUCAUUUUGAAUUUUUAGUUUUAGUAAUUGGAGAUCCCUGCCCAUUGUGCGACCCUAGGCUUUACUAUUAUCAAAUGACAGAAGAGGAAUGUAACACAUGCCCAGGUUAUGUACCAUUGACUCACUUCGAAGUGGUUAUGUGAUUUAGAAUUGGACCCAAAAAAGACCGGGGCCCAGUUUUUCCAAAGACCGAUUAGCACUAACCCAGGGUUAGAUUUUAACCCACGUUUCUUUUUCCUUUUAAUCAAAAGCAUUUUGUCAGAUAAUUUUCUCUUUUUUUUUUUAAGUAUCAAAUCACCAAAUUGUAGACAAAAGGAAUUCAAAUGAAUUUGUUUUUAAAACUUUCAUAUCUGAAUUCAUAUUUCGUACUAACCUUGGGUUAUCUUAACCCAGCUUUGAACAACCCAGCCUGGUAGGAUAAAUGCUGCAUGUUAAUUUGUUUCACCGCCUUAGUUUUUUCUUUAUAGCUUUAAACUUUUCAUGAUCCAAGGCCAACUCAGAGCUCCUGUAACCCAGUAGGGGUCUGUUCAUUUUUUAAGGGGGGGGGGGGCUUUGUUGGGUGGGAUUUGAGUGGUAGCUCCUGCAUAUGAAGACCCUCUCUUCAUCCGAAUUUUUUUGGGGAAGCCACAACCUCGCUCCUUGUAUCCCAAGAUCAAAUAACCAGGAUUCAGGUGAAUUUUAGCCAGCAAAAAUGCAAUGACUUUUUUGGAUUGAAUAGGUAGUACUUAAUGAACAGUGAAACUCAAACUCAGGGUUGCAAACAACAAAGUAAGAAAAAUUAGCCUUUCAUAAAUUUGUCAGCUGAGUUAAUGUUCAAAGAAAAUUGUGAGCAGUUUCACCAUAUUUUGUUGUAGUAUUGGCUGUUGGGUUUUCAAAAUGUGGUCAUUUUUAGGAAGCCUACCAUCGAGAUGUGGUCAUCUCUAGGUGGGCAGUCAAAACUACAACAAAUACCGGUUAAACUAAAAUUGUUGGUUUUAAUUUGAAUUAAGUUUGUUGGUUAAAUGGCCCUGAGGAAAUUAUGUACAAGUGAAUAAUCACAACCCUGAGUUUGAAAUCCACAAAACUUUUUAUUUUGGACCAAAUUUGAUUGUUUAGUAUGAUGUACAAAAAAUACAGUAAAUGAUCUGACUACUGGACCUAACCUUGUGUUAUCUUAACCCAUCUUUGAGCAACCCAGUCCAUAAGGAUAAAUCCUGCAUGUUAAUUUGUUUCACCACCUUAGUUUUUUCUUUAUAGCUCUAGACUUUUCAUGAGACAAGGCCAACUCAGAGCUCCUGUGAUCCUGUAACCCAAUAAAGGUCUGUUCAUUGUUUAUGGGGCGGGGGGGGGGUUGUCGGGUAGGAUUUGACCAUUCAACCGGUAGUUCCUGUAGAUCCUCCUUGUAUCCCAAGAUCCAAUAACCAGGCUUCAGGUGAAUUUUAGCCAGCAAAAAUGCUAUGACUUUUUUGGAUUGAAUAGGUAGUACUUAAUGAACAGUGAAACUCAAAAUCAGCAUUAAAAUCAGUGAAACUCAAACUCAGCGUUGCAAACAACAGAGUAAGAAAAAUUAGCCUUUCAUAAAUUUGUCAGCUGAGUUAAUGUUCAAAGAAAAUUGUGAGCAGUAUCACCAUAUUUUGUUGUAAUAUUGACUGUUGGUUUUUCAAAAUGUGGUCAUUUUUAGGAAGCUCACCAUCAAGAAGUGGUCAUCUCUAGGUUUGGCAGUCAAAACUACAACAAAUAAGUCCCGUAUGAUAUAUGCCUCUAGAAUCAGUAUAAAUAUUGUCGGAAAUAUAGAAAGAACCCUGCAGUAUAUGUAUGACAACCCUUGAAAAACACAAUAUUUUACACCAAUGUACAAUGAAGUAAUUUGGUUCCCUAAUUCAGCUUGGAAGUGAGCAUCAUGUAAUAUUAAUGAAGGUGAAUUUACAGCCAUCCAACCGCUACAUAGUUGUCAUUUAUAGGUGUUAUCUUUAGUUUAAGGACCCCUGUGGUAAUAGUUGUGCAUAAGGGAAUACCACUUGUUAAGAUGUACACUGCCCCAUAAGUUAAUAGAGGAAUUUUUAUGACGAUAGACAGGGCAGUAGCCAGAAAAAAAUAAGGACUGAGGCAAUAUCCAUGGUUGAAUUCCCCGCCUAGCCAUUCAGGGUCUUUAUGAUGACUACGUUGAAACAAAACACUGCCAGGAUCAAACCUGAAAUGACUGAGGCAAGUGCCUCGGUUUGCCUCAUACUGGCUAUGGCCCUGACUGUAGGAAAUACAGUGCAUCAAUGAUCUGUCUACUGGACCUUAAUAACGAGUAGAUUUGACGCCCGGGAAAGGUUUAUGCCAGGGGCGCUGUCAGAAAGGGACACCUUUUUCAUGCUUCAGGUAUGAAAGGAUAGGGGUUUCCUGAGUUAAAGUAUAUGACAGGGUAGACUAUCUGUCAUUUCGUUCUGUAAAAAGACUAACAGAAGAAAUUUGUGACUGUAAAAUUGUCAAAAAAAUUAACUGGUUUCUGAUUCCUUUAUAUUAAAAUGACAGUGCACAUAAAACAGUUAACAGCAAAGAUGCAUGUAAGGGGUUGGACCUCUGGGCAGAGUCUCACAGCGUGUACAAAAUUUUAUUGUAACAAUGUAAUGUUACAGUUGAGAUUGGAAAUUUACUUUAGUCACAAAACGAAUCAAACAUAUAGGAAAUGUCAGAUGCACAUCACCUUUGACUGUCAGCAAAUGUUAUGCAGUUCACUAUAUUUGCCCCCCUUGCAAAUAUGGAUAAUUAUGAUGCAAAUGUGCAAAUUUAUGAUACAGCCAAAUGUCUAGAAAUUUAUUGUUUUUGCUCUUAAGGCAAAUACGAGUAAACCACAUGCAAAAGUGUUUUUUUGGUAUCCUGGAAAAAGAAGAGCAAACACCACUGCAAAUUAGGGGUUUUGCAAUAUUUUUGCCUGCAUUUGAAGUAAAGUGAAAACUGUCAUUUUUGCCAAGGAUGUAAAUUUGAGUAAAUUGGUAGAAAUGUUGACGAUUUGCCCAUGCUGCAAAUAUGUAUCAAAUUUGUAUCAAACCAUUACAUUUACUUCACUUUUGCGUAUCAAUACCUAUCUAGCAAAUAUAUGUAUUUGCCUACACUUUAGCCAACAGCGCAAAUGUAAUGCAAAUUUGGAGCUCCAAAUUUACCACAUAUUUGCACCUUUCGCAAACAUUAGUAAAUCCGUUUUUUCGUCCAGUGUGCACUGCGCUCCCGCUCCCAGUCCUUUCCAAGAGGCACAUGCUGGCGUUUCCAUGCGGGGAAGGUGUGCAACGGGUGUCGUUUCGAACACAUUUGCUAUAAUUGUGGCUCCAAACACCCUGCCGCACAGUGUUCCUCCAGCCAACCUAAAACACACCCCGUCAAAGCAGGAAUUUCAACCGUCGCUGCACAAGCCAGUAACACCCGUAAAGGUGGAUCGGCUUAA